AUGGAAGAGAAUUACCCAAUGCAACCUCAUCGUCCCUCCAUGCUUAACAAAUUUGUUCAAACCAACCAGGUUUCUAUUAUUAACUUGCCCUUCUCUGGUGGUCAGCCCAAGAAAGGUACAGAGGACGCUCCUGAAUUGAUUGAACAGGCCGGUGUUCAAAAUGAUUUGGAAAACUUGGGUUACUCUGUUCGUUACAUUCAAAACCCUUCCUUCAAGACCCCUCCCCAGAUCGAGGGUCCUAGCAAGGACACCAUCAAGAACCCUCAGUACGUUAGCGAUGUAUGCCGCCAGGUGCGCGACACUGUCAAAAGCGAAUUGAGCCAAGAACGUCUUGUCGUCAACGUUGGUGGUGAUCACUCUUUGGGCAUGGGUACUAUUGAGGGUGUUCAAUCUGUCUACGACGAUGCCUCUGUUCUUUGGAUUGACGCUCACGCUGACAUCAACACCCCAGAAUCUUCUCCCUCCAAGAAUCUUCACGGCUGCCCUUUAGCCUUCUCUCUUGGCUAUGCCGAUCCUGUUCCUCCCGAGUUUGCUUGGACCAAGCGCGUCAUCGACGAAAAGCGUCUUGCUUUUAUUGGUCUCCGUGAUUUGGAUCCUCAAGAACGUGCCUUCCUUCGUGAACAUAACAUUGCUGCUUUUACCAUGCACCACGUCGACAAGUACGGGAUUUCUAAGGUCGUUGAAAUGGCUUUGGAGCAUAUUAAUCCCGGCAACCGUCACCCUGUUCACUUGUCUUUUGACGUUGAUUCUUGCGACCCAGCGGUUGCUCCUUCCACCGGUACGCGUGUCCCAGGUGGUUUGACUUUCCGUGAAGCCAUGUAUAUUUGCGAGGCCACUGCUGAAACUAGCACAUUGGUUGCCAUCGAUGUUAUGGAGGUCAACCCUCGCUUGGGCAAUGAGGAAGACACCAAAGCCACCGUCAAUUUGGCUCGAUCCAUCAUCCGUACAAGCUUGGGUCAAACUUUGCUUUAG